AUGGAUUAUAUAGUUAAGGAAUUAGGUAUAAGUAAUAAGAAUAUAUUCCCAACUGCAUCCCCUGGCCUGUUCUCCGUUGUCGUUCACACAGCUUGGUUGAAAAAAUGGAUAAAAAACAUCGAAAUAGAUACCUCGCUGAACAAUGUAGAUUUUACCUUGCAACCUGGUGAAAGUGUACCUUAUCCGUGGCGAAAAAUAUUUAUGAGGGUGUUGAGUAAAAAAGUGUCCAAGGUUCUUCCUUUACCUCGUUAUAAGCUUAACGAAAACACAAACGAGACUCCCCUUACGUUCUCCCAACUCUUACAAUAUGUGUCACAGAGUAACCAAAGAACACUGUGGAAAGAAGCAUACAAGAAAUAUUGUCAAAAUAAUGAUAGCAGUAAGGAAAGUACCAUAGUGAACCUAUUGGAGCAUGACCAGUUGAUGUCUGAGGUAGUGCUCCGCUUGUAUGGGUGUAAUAUAAUUAGGGUAAAGUGUGAUGGAGCUGGAAAAAACAUAGAGUACAAAGAGAUAAUACCUAAUAAACAUGUUUUAAAAAUGUAUGAAACUCAUGGCAACCUGCUAGCAGCCAUAUUUACUAUAGAAACAGAUAAUAACUUAUAUGUUAUAUACAGGGCACAAUAUGAGAAUACCCUCCUAGACUGUCUGAACUUCAGUCCAAACUUAAUAGACAUGAAUUACAGUAGAGGCUUGUUCAUAGUGUACCAACUGUUGAACUUGUCUAAAGCUAUGAGUGACAGAGGGCUAAGCUUGGGGAUGUUGACCCUUCUAGAUAUUUACUUGUCUGAGAAUUUGUGGCUGCAGGUUUUACCAACGAUAACUAAUAAUAUACAUUGUUUGGAUGCUUCCCUGAUUAUUGAACACAAUAGAAGUAAACAGACCACUCCUGCAAUAAGUCAGGCUUCUCCUGGGAAAAGGGGAGAGGAGUGGUGUUGGCGCAAGGAGGCCGUUCAGCUGGAGAAGCUGUGUAUGUUGUGGGUGAGAGGAAGGAUAUCUAACCUUGACUAUUUGCUACACCUGAAUAUGUUGGCUGGAAGAGCCACCAAUGAUCCACAAGCCCACUUCAUGGUCCCGUGGGUCACUGAUUUCUCGUCUAGAUGUGGUAGAAACUGGCGAGACCUAAGCAAGUCGAAGUACCGGCUGAAUAAGGGUGACAGACAGUUAGACAUGACCUAUGACGUCAGCAGUUGCACCGACCAGAUACCGCACCAUGUUUCCGACGCCCUCUCUGAUAUAACUUGCUACGUCUACCUGGCGCGCAGAACACCUAAGGAGGUUUUAUGUAAAUAUGUGAGAAAUAAAUGGGUGCCGGCUGAAUAUCCCGCGUCGAUUCAACGCAUGCAGGAAUGGACCCCAGACGAGUGCAUACCGGAGUUCUACACAGACCCCACUGUGUUUAAGAGCAUACAUGAAGAUCUUCCGGACCUAGGUAUACCGUCGUGGGCGACCUGUGUGGAGGACUUUAUAACGAAACAUAGAGAAGCAUUAGAGAGUACGCAUGUGUCGGAGAACUUGCAUCAUUGGAUUGAUAUCACUUUUGGAUACAAAUUAUCAGGCGCUGCGUCAGUAAAAGCUAAGAACGUUUGUCUGUCGCUGGUAGACGGACACACGCGCAUCCGUCGCGGGGGCGCGGUGCAGUUACUGACCGCGCCCCACCCGCCCCGCGCCCCCCGCGCCCUGCCUCCCGCGCCCCCGCGCCUACACUGGACCGCACCUAAGGAUGCUAAAAAGUCCCUCAGAAACGACAGUUCAGAUGACGUGUCUGAUGAUGAAGAGGAGUCGACCAGCCUUCCUCAGCACGUGUCGCGGUUGAACGUUCCUCCACAACGCGUCAGGUCUCGACACAAAAGCAGCAGUAGAGCUCGCUCCCUGUCCAAGAGCCAAGGACUUGAGGACUCGCAGACUGUCCCCAUGGAAGGCAGAGCUUCCUCCCACUCCCGGCACUACAGGGUCCAAAGAUCAGAGCUCGGCAAAGGUGUUAUAUACCUCCCCAAAGAGUUCAACCCGGUAGCUUCCAUACAGGCGAUAGAAUCCCUCGACAAUUUCAGGACAAAAUGCUUCUUCACCAAAGCUGAAGAUAAGGAGAAACAUAAAGAAAAUGUCACCACCUUAAACUUGUAUCCGGUGCAGCAGGACAUGAGGCAGGAUAGUACGGUGUCCACGAAGGAAGGAUCUGAUGAUACUGCAUUCACAAAUCACAUGUUCUUAGCGUCCUAUGACCAGAGUUAUUUGAAGAAGUUCACUCAGGAUGCGCAUUUGGAAAGUGUUCUCAAGGAGAGGAAAAAUAGGACAUUCAAUACUAGAUAUACGACAGAUGCAGCGAUCUACAAGCAGUUUGUUACAGAAAGUAGACGUCAGGAUAUGCUAGUCAUAGGGUGUUUGAUCGUGGAAAUAUUUUUACAUAGCUACAUGCGUCCGCUUCGAACCGCCAAUGAUAACUUCUUAGAACGCUACAACAACUGCCGGACAGUACUAAAAUACAAUUUCAAUGCGUUGCCAAGAAGUGUUAGUUACAUAGCGUCAUUACUUCUAAACGUUCAACCCCUCAGUUUGAGUUACAAAAACGAACUGACCCCAAAAAAGGAGGAGCCCAUGAAGAAGAUUUUGGUAACUGAUAAAGGAUUGCCAGCUCCCACUCCGGCGCAGCUUUUGCAACCUUUAUUGAUGCAGCAUUUGAUACCGUUUCCUCAAAGCUUUAAUAUUUUAUACAAGUUGUUGAAUACGCUGCACGAAUACGAGCUCACAAGCACGGAGCUAAACAUUCUCUAUACGUAUGAAUGUGAUGGGGUGCAGUGCGAGAAAUAUCAAAAUGUGGACAAAACGAAGCUAUAUUUUAACCAGAAAAUAGCUGAAGGAAAGAUUCAAGCGUGCGCUACAUACUUAGAAGUUCUGUUAAACCAAGUAAAUUGUUAUAAUCAGUUCGAUGUCUUAGACAUCUUCCUCUCCCACUAUAUCGAGUUACUGCAGAACAAGGACACGUCAGUAUUAGCCGCGUGGUACUUAUUCGACACAGUCAGCAAAGCGUUGGGGCCCGCAGAGACGAGGAAGAAGCUUCUCAAACAUAUUCUGAACCUUUACGAAGACGAUGACUUUGCUGUGGACAAACCUGACCAGCAUAAGUUGACCGACAUCGACGGCACUCUCGCAGGGGGAGUGUCGAACAAACAGAAGUUUGUGAAGCUCUACCACAAUAUAUUCCUUCUUCAGCUCAUGGUCAGGUUAGGGCUCCAAUGUUUCCUGGACAAUUUCACACAGCACCUAGUUGAGGCUGUUGGUGGUUACAAGGAUGUAACAGAAGAAGCUGGCUCUCCAGGCCAUUUGUGUCACAACAAAGCAUUAUCCAGUAAAAAGCCGAGAUAUUCUGAUGAUAAUGUGAAGAAUGCGCUGUCCAGUAAUACGGAUAUAUUUUCACCUGACACAUCGUACGGGUCUGAACACGUAACGACCCCUGGGGUCGAGAAAACUGAGACUCACGAAGGUUUGAAGGAGAAAGACAGUGAUAAUCGAAGCGAAAAUGAGUUGUUCCACUUCGAGACUGAUAAGGACAGGCUGCCCAGCAGAAGUAGUAGAAGCAAGUCACCCGCGGAGUCAAUAGACUCGUACAACUCGAACACUCAAGAUAACAUCCACACUCCCUCGCCUUCAAUAGACCAUGUCUCACCAAUAUCCACUAAGUACUUCACAGCAAAUGCUGCAGCCCAAAAGGAUCUAAAUCCGCUACAAAAUAGAGAUCAAAAUCACGAAGCAAUGACACCUUCCAACAAACCAAUGUCUCCAACUAUAGAAAUACCGACAAAGCCGAUGUUUACAAGUUACUUACAUUUCGCAGAGGAAGAUGAUUCUGAGGUAGAACUGAGGAGGAAAUCUCACGAGCCACAGAUAAACUUGGAACUAGGGAAGCAUAUGGAGAGGUCAGCUAAAGGGUCUCGAAGUAUGAACGAUGAAGAUUUCCAAGGAUUUAAAGACCCCAACACGUCCAAAAUUUCUGAUAUGAGUUCUGAAAGUUUAAUUUGGUUGGCGCAUAGAUUAGGCCCAGUACUUACUUGUCGGUAUAUAACAAGGAAUUUACUGAAGAUGUUAACGUUAUGUUAUAUUGGGAAGGAUAACUUGGCGCCGUGGGACAGUGAGGAUAGAGAUGAAUUUGAUGAGAUAUCGAUUGUGAGCAGCCGAGUGGUUGGCGAUAGAAACGCUAUGAAGGUGAUCAAGUGCCUCACUUCUAUUGUGGCGAUGUACGGGGAACAACUAAUAAUAUUCCAAUACCUACCUCACAUGGGUGAGUUGAUAGCGUCGUGUCGACGUCGCCUGUCCGCGCCGCUAGAGGGCGGCGUGGUCGCCUGUCUACAGCUCGUGAAAUACUUACUGCCGCAUAUGUCUGAUGUCAAACUCAUGGAGCAGUUGCAGGACACAUUCCUAAAAUCAAUCCUGCAACCAGCUCUCCGCCUAGCGUCGACGACUCGUUGUUCGUACCCGAGCGGCGCUGCAGCGCGGAGCUCACUCACUAGGAAGCUGCUGGACGCGCUGCAUGUACUGGCGCUGAGGAUAGGACCGGAGAUGACCAGGAGACAUCUUUGUGUACCGGCUUUGCAAAGAUUCUUCUUGGCGUUCGAUAAAGCAACUGGCAAGAUUGACAACUGGCCGAAACAAGAAGAAACCGCACCGGAGAAGGCAUCAGAGCAAGAGCCGCCCGAUGCAAAGCCGGAAGGGUUCCUGGAGAUAUGUCGCGACGGUAGCACGGCGGAGUGGCGCGUGCAGGACGGACGAGUGGUCCGCGCCGACAUACCCGACCUCGCCUGCACGCCGCCUGAUAUAUCGGACCAUAGCAACGAUACUACCCGGCUGACGGCUCAAGAAGAGUUACUGAUGGUAUUCGACGAAGAAUUAGCGUACCGUGCAUACACUACCUUCGUGAUGUCCAUAGGGACCGACACAAUGGAGCGGUGCCUCAAGAACAUAGACACCGUCAGAGCACUCUGUAGAAACUAUGAACAAAACCAUCGUAUCAGCUCUCCUCUUCAAAUCCGUCCAGACAAGCGCGUUCAGCUUUCAUUCAGUGAUGAGCCUUUAAGUCGAAAAGCCGAUUCUUCAAGCAAAUCUGAUGUGGUCAUGGACCAUAUAUCCAGCUCAAACAGUUUCGGGUCCAACGUCACAUUAGUCGGGAAUCGUAUAGAUGUCGCUAGUGAUGCGUGUGACGUCGCCAGUGGUGCGCACGCGCAUGGUUUCGAUGUCGUCGCUUAUAAAGCUGAUAAUGGGAUUAAGAGUAAUAGACAUUUACGUGGUGACUGGCUGAUCUACUGGGAGCACGAGAUAGGUCGGCCGGACAAGGAGACCCGGUUCAACUUGAAGCAGAUCAAGUUGCAGACCUUCGUGGGCCACACCCACUCCGUCAAGUCCAUCCACUGCUUGGACAACGAGAACAGCUUCAUGAGCGGCUCCAAGGACAAGACUGUGAGGUUGUGGUCGCUGAGGAACCAGGGUGACGGUAACGCGACGUCUCAGUGUAACUGGACGUAUACUGGCCACAAGAAGGGCGUGCUGUCCCUGACGUUCCUGGAGUCGCUCCGUCUGGCCGUGUCCACAGACUCCGUCGUGCAUAUAUGGGACCCAUUCAUGGAGAGCGUCGUGUCACAGUUGGAUAACUUAAAGAGUCCGGUGAGUAUAGUCCGCACCCUGGCGGGCCCGUCGGCCGCAGUACUGGCCGCCACCACGGACGCCACGCUCAGGGUCAUCGACGCACGCACUCCCCACACCUCGCAUGAGCUCAAGCUCCCGAUGAGUGCGACAACGUUCAUCCGCUGCAUGUGCGUGAGCUCGGCGGGCGGCUGGGCGGCCUGCGGGCUCGCCAGCGGACACGUCGCCGUCACCGACCUGCGCACCGGACUCACACUCGCCGUCUGGAAGGCGCACGAUGGAGAGGUAUUGAGACUGGCGACAGUAGACGAGCACAGACUGCUCAGCUCAGGCCUGGACCAGGUCACGGCUCUGUGGAGACCUGACGAUGGAGAACUAAUUGCACAUCUCAAAGGCAGCACAGAGCCGGUCCACUGCCUGUCCGUGUACUACAAGGAGCUGGUGUCGGGCACGACCAACAACCGCGUGGGCGUGCACACGUCGCUGGGCCCCGACGCCAGCUUCUCCAGCACCAAGCUGCGCUCCGACACCUUCCGCGGCGUGCUCACCUGUAUGGCCGUACUACCGCUCAAUAGGUUACUACUACUCGCCAGUGACAACGGCACCAUCAGUCUACUGUGCUAA